AUGGUCGAAGGAAGUUGUCUUUGCGGCAAUGUGAAGUUCAAUCUCGACAUUGACCCUGAGGCCGUGGAAAUGCAAACCAAAGCAUGCCACUGCCGCCCUUGCCGUAAAAUCACUGGGGCAUUCACGUCCCUCAACCUGACCGUUCCCUCAAAAUCAUUCACCCUCACAAACGGCAGCUUGAAGACGGUCAAGACGACCCAUGUCGAUGAAGGGUUUGAAUUUUCCCUCGCCUUCUGCCCAGACUGUGGGAGUCCCAUCUACGCAGUACCACACUGGGCUGGGCCGCAAGAUAUUCUUGUGAUCCAGGUGGGCACGCUCGACGACGCCAGCUUGCUGGAAAAAGUGCCGGCUGUUGAGAUGAACGUGAAGCACAGGCUGGGGUGGGUGAAGGACGUUGACGGGGCUGAACAGAAGGAAAAAUAUGUAUGA